AAUAGAUGUCUAAUUUUUAUUUAUUUCCUUUACGUAUGUGUCAUGGCAAAAUCCCCCAUAAUUACGGAUUAAUUAGAUUUUUAAUCUUUGAAAAAAAUAGCUCUUUAGUUUGUUUAAUUGCGUGUGUUCCCAUUGAUUUUUCUCUUUCUUGAGUUUUUCUUUUUUUUUUUCUUUUCCUUUUCUUUACCUUCUCUUCUUGUUUGUCUACACAUCAGUUUCUUCGAUUUGUUGAUCUAACUUUUGCUCCCUCGAUCUUUCUCUUCGAUGGCCACUACAGAUCCUAGAGAGAGAGAAACUAAAGUAAAGUGAGUGGCUUUGUGGUGAAUUAUAUCAGUUUUUGAUAAAUUGAUUGCUAAAGGACCUAACUUUGGGGUAAUUUUUUUUGGGGUUGUUCUUUUCUAGUCUGAGGUUUGUGGGUCGGGUUUGAUUUGUCUGAAUUUGAUAUGGGUGGGUGUUUUCCUUGUUUUGGAUCAUCAUCAAACAAGGAGGGUAGUGGUGGUGCCGUCAAAGAAGUGGCCAAGAAGGAUUCGGUCAAAGAAGGUUCAGUUGCUCAGUCUCACCGUGUUGGUAGAGUUAGCUCAGACAAAUCAAAAUCCCAAAAUGGUUCUGAUCCUAAGAAGGAGGCAGUAGUUCCUAAAGAUGGUCCAACUGCCAAUAUUGCAGCACAAACAUUUACUUUCAAAGAGCUUGCUGCGGCAACCAAGAACUUCAGACCAGAGUGUCUCUUGGGUGAAGGGGGAUUUGGUCGUGUUUACAAAGGGCGAUUGGAGACCACUGGACAGGUGGUUGCUGUAAAACAGCUUGAUCGGAAUGGCCUUCAAGGAAACAGGGAAUUUCUCGUGGAGGUUCUCAUGCUCAGCCUCCUGCACCAUCCCAACCUCGUUAAUUUGAUUGGUUAUUGUGCUGAUGGGGAUCAACGCCUCCUUGUUUAUGAGUUUAUGCCACUGGGAUCGUUAGAGGAUCACUUGCAUGAUCUUCCACCAGACAAGGAGCCUCUGGACUGGAACACAAGGAUGAAGAUUGCAGCUGGUGCUGCUAAGGGUUUAGAGUACUUGCAUGACAAAGCAAAUCCACCUGUCAUUUACCGAGAUUUGAAAUCAUCCAACAUCCUUCUUGAUGAGGGCUAUCACCCCAAGUUAUCAGAUUUUGGACUUGCAAAGUUGGGUCCUGUUGGUGACAAGACUCAUGUCUCUACACGUGUGAUGGGAACAUAUGGCUAUUGUGCCCCUGAAUAUGCUAUGACUGGUCAACUUACUUUAAAAUCCGAUGUUUAUAGUUUUGGAGUGGUCUUUCUUGAACUCAUCACUGGGCGCAAGGCAAUUGAUAAUACCAGGGCUCCUGGAGAGCAUAAUCUUGUUGCAUGGGCACGGCCACUUUUCAAGGAUCGUAGGAAGUUCCCAAAAAUGGCUGAUCCAUUGCUUCAAGGCCGUUAUCCGAUGAGAGGAUUAUAUCAAGCUCUUGCAGUUGCAGCCAUGUGCUUGCAAGAACAAGCAGCCACAAGACCUCUAAUAGGCGAUGUUGUGACUGCACUGACUUACUUAGCUUCCCAAACCUAUGAACCUAGUGCUGCCAAUCAAAGUAACAGAGUUGGGCCAUCUACUCCUUGGAACAGGGACGAUAGAAGGGGAAUGGCAGAUGGGCUGCAUAGCCCAGAUGAGCAUGGGAGUGGUAGGCGGCAUGGUUCUCCUUCUACGCGUAAAAAUUCACCUGAUUAUAGAAAACGUGAUACUGUCAGAGAAUUAAGCAGUGGCACAGAGUUACGAAGGAGUGACACGGGUGGUGGGUCUGGUCGAAAAUGGGGUUUGGAUGACUCUGAGCAACAGGACUCUAUAAAAGGUAGUCCAGUAAAUACCAGCAGAGCAAGGGAAACUUCAAGGAAUCGGGAUUUAGAUAGAGAGCGUGCAGUUGCAGAUGCAAAAGUUUGGGGUCAAAAUUGGAGAGAGAAAAAGCGGGCAAAUGCAAUGGGUAGCUUUGAUGGUACAAAGGAGUAAGAUUAAAGUAGAAGGCCAAUACAUGUUGGUUUGUUUGGUCUGGGGCAAUAUAUAUUGUAUGCUUCCAAGGGUGAUCAAGGUGAAAAGGAAAGUUAAAAGAUACAGCAUGGCAUCCAUUUCCACUCAUGGAAUAAGACUUGUCCUAUCCAACUUUAACUGCUGUUGUUUUGUCCUGUAACAUUCUUGUUGUCUGAGUAUGAAAUUGAGUGCUUCAAUUGUAUGGUUGAAGGAAAGAAAAAGAGUUUAAAAUGAAGGGUGUUGAGGGCAAGAGGGUAGGCAUUUGGCUUCAGGCAUUUAAAGGAAACCCCACUGCAGAAUUGAUGUAUGCAGAGCAUGUUAAUCUAUGUAUUUAGGGCUAUUUGUCUUUUUCUUUUUGAAGUUGUCACAGGAAAUAUGGAAAAUUAGCUUAAUUUUUGCCCCAUGUGCAAGUGGGGAGAAUUGGGUGGGUUUGGUGUGGGUGUCUCGUUCGUGUUACAUCUUGUACAACAAGUACGGUCAUUAUGGAAUUUCCGAGUUAUUUUCCGGCUAA